UGAACCCAAGCUGUACUGUGUUUUCUCCCGACAGUUUGAAAUUACGAUAAAACAGUUAUAUAGAUUCACAACAAAGACAGCAAGGACUACCUCAGAGAUUCGUCUUUUGUUGUGCUCACAAAACGGAAAGUUGGAGCAUUAGAGUGCGAUCUGAAGUGAAGAUUGAAGACGUGAUAGAAGAUGAACCACUGCUAUGCUAAGAUGGCGACGUCCAGUCCAAGAGAAGGCGGAAGAGAAUCAACUCCCAGCAAAUCAUCAACGGAGAAAGAGCCCCGAACUUUAGAAAACGGCAUCCAUCAGCUGACUGGUUGUCAAGAAGAACAUCCCACUCAGCCUCAGGGGGUGAGCUCCAAUUGGAAACAGGAGGAUCUGCAGCCCCCCCAUGUUAAAGAGGAAGAGGAGAAACUGCAAAUCACACAGGAGGGCGAGGAUCUUCUAGGGCGAGGAUCUUCAAGGGCCGUCGCAAAUGAGCACACCAAGUUGCCACUGACAGGUCUCUCUGUGAAGACUGAAGACCAUGAAGACAAACCACCUGAGUCCUUACGUUGGCGGUGUCCUUCAGACGUCCAGAAGCUGAUUGGUCAUCAAGAAGAAUGUCUUCCUCAGUCGCAGGGGGGGACCUCCACUUUCAAGCAAGAGGAUCCCCAACUCCCCCAUGUAAAAGAGGAUGAGGAGGAACUCUGGAUCACGCAGGAGGGAGUGCCACUAACUGGUGUGUCUGUGAAGAUUAAAGAUCAAGUGCAGAGACAAGCAGACAACCUUUUAGCCCCACUAUCAGAUAGUCACCACACAACGUCACACUGUCCUGAGGAUGACGACACCCAAGAACCUUUGAGCAGCAAUACAGACUGUGAAGGUGAUCUGAGAAUGCAAAAAAAAACUUUUAGUUGUUCCGUGUGUGGUAAAAAUCUUUCUGGAAAGCCAGCUGUGGUAUCACACAUGAGAACGCAUACAGGAGAAAAACCAUUUGUUUGCUCAGUUUGUAGCCAACGCUUUUCAAACAGUUACAGUUUGAAGUAUCACAUGUUGAAACACACAGGAGAAAAACCUUUUAGUUGCUCAAUUUGCGGUAAAACAUGCUCUCGAAAUGCAGACAUGGUAACACACCUGCGAACACACACAGGAGAAAAACCUUUCAGUUGCUCAGUUUGUGACAAAAGAUUCUCUCAGCAUGUAAAUAUGGCAUCACACAUGAGAACGCACACAGGAGAAAAACCAUUUGUUUGCUCAGUGUGUAGCGAACGCUUUUCAAGAAGGUACAGUUUGAAGUGUCACAUGUUGAAACACACAGGAGAAAAACCUUUCAGUUGCUCAGUUUGUGGUAAAGGAUUCUCCAUAAGUGGACGGAUGGUAGCACACAUGAGAUCCCAUACGGGAGAAAAGCCUUUCACUUGCUCAGUUUGCAGUCAAAGCUUUUCCAUCAGGAGCAGUUUGACGUAUCACAUGCUGAAACACGCAGGAGAAAAACCAUUUGGUUGUUCAGUUUGUGAUCGAAAAUUCUCUCAAAGUUCACACAUGGUAUUACAUAUGAGAAGACAUACAGGAGAAAAACCUUUCAGCUGUUCUGUUUGUGGUAAACGAUUUGCUUGUAAGUCAACUGUAGUAAAACAUGUGAGAAGGCACACAGCAGAAAAAACAUUUUGUUGCUCAGUUUGUAGUGAAAGCUUUCACAAGAGGAGCAGUUUGACGUAUCACAUGAGGAAACAUACGGGAGAGAAACUCUUCAGUUGUUCACUUUGUGCUGAAGUAUUUACUCUUAAAAGGCAUUUGAUUACACAUGUACAGACACACAAAAGUGAGCAAACUUUUAGAUGCUCAGUUUGUGAGGAAAGCUUUUCUUGUAGGAAAGGUUUGACAGUUCACAUGCGGACACACAAUGGAGAAUAAAUGUCUUUAUGACUAGUGUGUGUGAAAAUCUGGUUACAGGUGAAAAAUAUGAUCUGCUUUGUGUAUGAUACCAGAUUCUCUUAUGAGUUAAUAUCCUGCUACUAACAGCAGCAAAACAACCGUGAUUGGUUGUAGACAACAUGGUGUUUUUUGUAUUACAUGCUAAUCUUCUUUAAGUUCAUGUGCUGUUAAUAAGAGCAACUGCACUAUUUGGUUGAGGGUAACAUGGAUUGUAGACUUUUCUUUACCUUCCUUCUUUUAGAUUACAGAAGUGUCAUUUAAUAAUUGUGGCACAACAUGGGGGGGAAUUUGUUCCCCCCGCCCCCUUUUUUUAAAUUUUUUUUUAAUGAGGCCCAGAAAUCCUGGCCCCAGCCCUGUCAUUGAUCAUGAAAUUGUGUUUGUGUUGUGACAAUGUUAUAGAAUAGUGUUGUACAUGUACCUAAAGUCUAAGUCAAAUAGUCUCCUCUAACCUUGCGACACUUACAUCUGCUUCAAUACUGAGCUAGGAACUGCCCUGUGAAGCAAACAUAAGAUUUUGGAAACAAUGACUAUGUGUUGUCCUUUUUGGGACUAUUGUGUGAUCCAUCCAUCCAUUUUUAUUAUAUUUCUUUGUAAAUAUACAGUAUGUACCAUGACCUCCUGCUGUACCUUUUAAAAACAUGCUUUUUUUGUACUCCACUAGAUAGAGCAAUUGGGUAACAAUGGCAUGUAAUAAGGAGCUACAUUAAUGAGAUAUCUAUUUUUAAGGUGCCUUUAUGAAUUAUUUUUAGUAUAAUGAUCAGUCAGUACAGGUGUUAGUACAGUAUAGGGUUCUAUUGUACAACAAAUCAGUUCUGUAAUGCAUGGCUAUACGGUAUAUGGACAGGGAUGGAUAUGUGUUGUAGCAAUGUGAUUCCAGUGUGAUUACCGCUCUCUCUGGGGAAACAGAUUCAACUUAAAUUCUUCUUGAUGGACUUUAAUUUAGAUUUAAUUUCAUAUUGGAAACAUUUAAACACUUUAGAAAAUAGCAUGAGAGACUUGUUUUGAUGGUGUGCACUUCUCUUUGGGCAGCCUGAGAUUCCACCAGCUGGGCCCCGGAUUUGUAAUAGAAAAAGGAGACCUGAUCAACUAUCUGAUCCAAACACUGUUAUAAAAUCAUUUGUAAUAUGGCAUCAGUGUAUCUGUCUAUUUGAACAAAGGGGCAACAAGCUGUACCAUGAUUUUUGGCUCACACCCCACGGUGUGUGACACAGUAUGAAGGAUUGGCUUCCUCCCACAUGAAGAAAGCAGAGUUUCCCAGGGGUUUCCAAACCUCUACAGAAGGUUUUUUUGCAAUUUUAGUAGCAAGGCGAAACCUCUCACAAGGCUAACAUCCACUAAGAGCCCGUUUGUGUGGUCUCCAGAAGCUGAGGCGGCCUUUGCUAGACUCAAGGUUUUGUUACUACUGCACCCGUACUCUUCCAUCCUGACCCUUCCUUGCAAUUUUUUAUAGAGGUCGAUGCGUCAGAUACAGUAGUGGGAGCAGUCCUGUCCGAGCAGUCCCCGGUCAACCAGAGGCUCCACCCGUGUACAUUAUGCUCGCGUUGCCUCACCACUGUGGAGGAUAACUAUGACGUGGGCAAUAGGGAGUUGCUGGCCAUUGUUCUUGCACUGUAGUAGUGGAGGCAUUGGUCGGAGGGCUCGGCCAUGCCAUCUGUGGUGGCAGCGACUCAAUUCCCGCCAGGCACGUUGGUCCCUGUUCUUGACGCGAUUCAACUUCUCCAUUACUUACAGCCCUGGUUCAUGCAAUGUCAAGCCCAAUGCCUUCUCUAGAAUCUUUGGUGGACAAGACCCCGGAGACUAUUGUGCCUGUAGCUUGAGUGUUGGGGGGUCUCCAGCGGGAGGUGGAGAGAAGAGUGUCCAAAGCAGCGGUCCGAGUCACAGAGCCAAACUGUAUCGGUAUGAUAAAGAGUCAAUGGAAAGAGCGGUAUCGGGGAUCUUAAAAUCUUACAAAAUUAUAACUCAAAACGUGUGAGGUUGAUUAUGAGGCCAGACCAGGUUCAAGGGGGGGGCGGACUGUUCAUGCCACCUGAAUUGAGGUCAGAAGUGCUACAAUGGGGACACUUGUCCAAGCUGGCCAGCCAAUCAGGAGUCAGGCACACAGUUCAUGGUGGCUCAGAGAUUUGGUGGCCUUCUAUGACAUCGGACAUCAGGGAGUUGGUGGCUGCCUGCUCUGUCUGUGCCAGGAAUAAAUCCUCCCAUCGGCCGCCCGCUGGUCUGAUGCAGCUCUGUCUGCCAUCUCUUGCAGUACGCUGGUAAACCAUCAUGGGCGGAGCUACCCGUACACACUCACCUGGUCCUCUUCAGCAUGGCAGGGAAGAACAUUUGUUGCCCGGUUGUUCUUUGCUCCUCGCCUGCCCACCGCUCUGCCUGCUGUCUUUUUGUUGUCUGACUGAUUUUUGUAUAUCUUUUUAUGCCUGUGGAGUUUAUUCUGUAUUAAACUCUUUUGUUCACAUCCGAGUGUGUUGUCUCUGCAUCUUGGGAUCCGAACACCGGCUUACGCCGCAUCGUGACACUUCUGUCACUAUUACAUCUUGGAAAUUUACUUCAAAUUGAUGGCAUAUUUGUUGUGUUUGCAUUUGUCUAAAUAAAAAGCUACAAGUAAGGGUGUCCCGAGAUCUUGCGACAUUAAAUGACGUUUAGACAAAAGCAGUGUCAAGAUAAGAAAUAAAUGAGUCACAUGAACAUGUGAACGCAUGUCUGCUUUCAUUGUCUCUCUUCCAACAGGCAGGAAGAGAAUUCACUCUGUGCAUUGGUUCAUCACCUAGACAACAACGGCGUUCGAAUGGAGUGAGUGUUGCUGCUGCUCACUCUUCAUCCUGUGGACUUUUGCUGAGUGUGAAUUUGUACUCACUCUGCUGCUGUGCUGUCGCUCUCCAGGUCUGGAAGUAUUCUCGCUUGACGGGCACGUCCUUGUCUUGUCUAAAAUACACGUAACAAUAUAAAUGGGAGGUUUCGAUGGUGUGAAACGCACAAUAAUGUGCAGGCAAGAGCAUGUAGUUAUUCGAACGGAGUGAAAAUUAAUGUGAAAAGAAAUCAGAGUAAGAAGUCUGACUUUUUGUUAGCAACAGUUUUGUGAUGCAAAUGUAUUACUCUUUUGAAUGCAUAUUGGUUUGAGAAGCCAAACUCUUAAGUGACCCCAGCAACUAACCGGAACUACGUUCCUCUUCACCGAAAUCGCACAGGAACUCUGCUCAUGGGACAAAGUGGGGGGUAAGUCACUGUUA